AUGACGAUAUUGUGGGCUUCUCACCAUCAUCAACUGCCUGGGAAACCAUCCUGCGUCUCCAAGUAUGUCUCGGUACCUUCUUCUCCGGCAGAGAAACAACAGCUAUCUUUGAAUCGGUCAAGCCCGAAGGCUGAUGAGAUCUCGACAUUUAUUUCGAGGUCAUCCUCAUCAGACAGCCUCGCCUCUACUACAUCUACUACGUCUCUGGCUUACCAGCUCCCGCCUUUCCCGAUGACGUUUCCCGGGUUUGACGUUGUCGAUUUGUUCAAGUUGGUGCAACGACGAAUGUUUGCCAGAAAGGGAGGCCGUGGAGAUAGGAGCGAAGAAGCCAAGGAAGGGGAAGAGAUUGAAAUGAUGGACACUGGAAAGAGUGGAUAA